AACAUUGUCUUAACUCUUAACCCUAACAAAGUUCGUCUCACUCUCUUUAAACACUGAUACACUCUUGGAUUUUCUUUGUUACUCUAGAUCGAUAUCAAAAGGCGGAUCAUUCCUUUGUUCCUCUUGUCAUUUAAGCAAUGGUGCUGAACUCACCAGGACUCCAAUCAUUCACUUCAGCUACUCUAAUCUUCGACAUUGCUGUGUUUUGCCUUUUGUGUAAUCAAUCGAUCAUGCUUUGGCUCUGUAGUUAUAGUCGUGCUGGGCAACGGGUCCAAACGGGUUAGGGUUUAGAACAUUUAGAAUAUGUCGGAGCUUAAGCAAUAUGUUUCUAUUUAGCAUGAUUAUUUGCUCUAUUCUGAAUGUUAUUUGUGGUUAUAUCAGCAUUUUCAACCUUAUGUUCUCUAUUCUGAUUAUACAUUCAGAAUUAAACAAGAAUGUUUGCAAGGCAUUAAUUGCUGCAGAAUAUGUUGAUGUUGAAGUCAAAAUGGCUGAAAAUUUUCAAAUGGGCAAGUCAAAUAAGACUCCUGAGUUUCUUAAGUUGAACCCUCUUGGAAAGGUUCCUGCGCUUGAGACUCCCGAGGGGCCUAUAUUUGAGAGUAAUGCAAUUGCUCGCUAUGUUGCUCGUUUGAAGCCUGAAAAUACUCUCUUUGGAUCUUCACCGAUAGAAUAUGGCCAAAUUGAGCAGUGGAUUGACUUUUCUGCAUUGGAGCUUGAUGCAAAUAUGAGAGCAUGGGUCUUUCCAAGACUUGGAUAUGCCACAUACAUCAAAUCUGCUGAGGAGAGUUAUAUAUCUGGUGUGAAAAGAGGUCUUGGUGCUCUAAACACGCAUCUUGCUUCACGUACUUUUUUGGUUGGUGAUUCCGUGACUUUGGCUGACAUCAUCAUGACAUGCAACUUGGUGAAUGGUUUUAAAUUUUUGUUUACAAAGAGUUUCACUUCUGAGUUUCCUCAUGUUGAGAGGUAUUUCUGGACCAUGGUUAAUCAACCAAACUUCAGUAAGAUAAUUAAAAGAAUGGGGGAAGUCAAGCAAGCAGAAGUUGUUCUUCCUUUUACUUCCACCAAGAAACCAGAGUCCAAACCAAAAUCUGAACCUAAAAAAGAAGAAGCCCCUAAGCCCAAGCCUGAACCCGAAGCUGCCCCAGAAGAGGAAGAGGCACCCAAGCCUAAGGCAAAGAAUCCUCUUGAUUUAUUGCCUCCAAGUCCAAUGGUUUUGGAUGACUGGAAAAGGCUUUACUCUAACACCAAAACUAACUUCCGUGAGGUUGCAAUCAAAGGUUUUUGGGACAUGUAUGAUCCAGAGGGCUACUCUCUGUGGUUUUGUAACUACAAGUACAAUGAUGAGAACACUGUCUCAUUUGUGACAAUGAAUAAGGUUGGUGGAUUCCUUCAGCGUAUGGAUCUUGCAAGGAAAUAUGCUUUUGGAAAGAUGUUGAUUAUUGGAAACGAGCCUCCAUUCAAGGUCAAGGGUUUGUGGCUUUUCCGUGGGACUGAAAUCCCAAAAUUUGUGAUGGAUGAGUGUUAUGACAUGGAGCUUUACGAGUGGACCAAGGUUGACCUUUCUGACGAGGCACAAAAGGAGCGAGUGAAUCAGAUGAUUGAAGAUUUUGAGCCUUUUGAGGGUGAAGCUCUUUUGGAUGCUAAAUGCUUCAAAUGAGGGAAAAUGCUUCUAAGAUUACAACUUAACGGAUUUCCAAUAACAUGUGAAAAUUAUUGAAGAUUACAUCAAUUUUAGGGCCGUUUACACAUAGAAUGUUCUGUAAAUAUCUAGAUAUCAAACUUGAUGAUUCGUUGAUGUAUUAUGGCAUGUACUUGGAAAUAUGUGUUUCGUUCAAUGAUUGAACCCAACUCGUAAGCAUUAUCACUCCAAA